AUGUCCAACCAGGUUUACUUUGACGUGUCCGCCGACGGCCAGCCCCUGGGCCGAAUCGAGUUCAAGCUGUACAACGACAUUGUGCCCAAGACCGCCGAGAACUUCCGAGCUCUGUGCACCGGCGAGCAGGGCUUUGGUUACGCCAACUCCAUCUUCCACCGAGUCAUCCCCCAGUUCAUGCUGCAGGGUGGAGACUUCACCCGACACAACGGAACCGGAGGCAAGUCCAUCUACGGCGCCAAGUUCCCCGACGAGAACUUUGAGGCCAAGCACACCCGACCCGGUCUCCUGUCCAUGGCCAACUCCGGCCCCAACACCAACGGCUCCCAGUUCUUCGUGACCACCGUCCCCUGCCCCUGGCUCGACGGCAAGCACGUUGUCUUCGGUGAGGUCACCAACGGUAUGGACGUUGUCAAGAAGAUCGAGUCCUUCGGCUCUUCUUCCGGCGCCACCCGAGCCAAGAUCUCCAUCGACAAGUCCGGUGAGCUCUAA